CAGCUACCACAUUCUGAAAAGGACGCCUAACUAUAUAUACAAUGUAGACUUCUACUGUAUCUGUAUACAGGGGCGCUAGUACUCAGAAAUUUGUGCACCAGACCGAUUUCUUGCGUUUGUGAAGGUUUUUAGUUUUCUUAUGGCUCGUACUAAGCAGACUGCUAGGAAAAGCACGGGAGGUAAAGCACCCAGGAAACAGCUGGCAACUAAAGCUGCUAGAAAAAUUGCACCGGCAACCGGAGGUAUUAAGAAACCUCAUCGUUACAGACCAGGUACUGUUGCUCUGAGAGAAAUUCGUCGUUACCAAAAAUCAACAGAAUUGUUGAUCCGCAAACUACCUUUCCAGCGUUUAGUCAGAGAAAUCGCUCAAGACUUUCACACUGAUCUUCGUUUCCAGAGCUCGGCAGUUAUGGCUCUCCAAGAAGCCUGUGAAGCUUACCUGGUAGGUUUGUUCGAAGAUUGCAACUUGUGUGCUAUUCAUGCCAAAAGGAUUACGAUUAUGCCCAGAGACGUUCAGUUAGCUCGUCGGAUUCGAGGGGAACGAACUUAGAAAUGUUAAAUGUUUAUAUGAAUAUAUUUUAGAUGACUUGUUUUCUCACUUCUGUUACCUAAGUGCUUAUUUUUACAGUUUUCGUGCGAUUUCUUUUCCUUUCUCAUUUAGUAAUAUGCAUCAUUUAAAAGCUAGUAAAAUUAGAUAGCUUAGUUCAUUUCAAAAUUAAAACGUUCCCCGAAGUUCCCCAAUUACAGAUUGAAGUUAACGGGCAUCUUUAAACUUGUAAUAUAUUAAAUCUUUUAAUAACAAUCUUCAUUUUGUUAACAUUCAUACUUUUUAAUGUUUAAAUUUUAAUAGUCCUAUUCUGACAAUGAAUCGCCUGUCUUCGAAGAAGUAUAAUUACAGGUCUGUUUGUCAGAUACUAUUCAUUACGGAGGGAGGAGUGGCCAAUUGCAAUGUACCUGCAUUUUUUUUUUUUUUCCUUUUUUGCUUGAUUCCAGAGUUGAUAUUUAAACUGAUAAAAAUGCACUAGAUAACUUAUUCCGUGUGUAUAUUGCAAAUAAGCUGGUCGUUUCAAGGGCGACGAGUAGCGACGUACUGGAAAAAAUAUACUUUUUUUCUUUGAAGUACUUCUUAGCAGCUUCGUUUAUAUAAUAUUUAGAUCCUAUGCAUACAAAUGUUCAAAAAAAUAUUGUUGAGCUUUCGCUAUUUAUUUUAGUGUUUGUAGAAAUUUGUAUAUUCAUGCAUCAUAAUGUUAAACUUCAUGCUAUUAAUUUCCACAUUUUGAUUUUGCAUAUCAAUAAAUUUGUUUGCUGAAAGAAUAAA